AUGGCGUGUACAAAGCAAACUACCCGUAAAUCUACAGGAGAGAAAGGGAUUCGGAAGCAGUUGGCUGGUAAAAACUACUUAUCCGGACGCUACUGUACUAACGACUGGUCCCACGAAAUUGUUCAGGACUUCAAAACUCACCUUCGUUUCCAAUCAUCCGCUGUACUUGCCUUGCAAGAAGCUGGUGAGGCUUACCUAGUUGGCUUGUGUGUGGGACACUAA